CUAUGGCUCUCACUGACUGUCUCCAGAACAGCCGUGUUAGAUAAGGAGAGAAAUGGAAUAGAUCAAAUAAUUAAUUGGAAAUCAUAAAUCUUAUACAGUAUAUUAUUCUCUUCUCUCUUCAUUCAACUCUCAUUCCAAACCUUUUGCUUUCCUCGCGAUUCACAUGUAAAAACUUAUAUUUCAUUUUCUUAUAAGUAUGUUUUUCUAUAUCAACUCUCAAUUCAAAAAUGAGAAAUCUAUCAACCUAUAUCCAGUUUUAUUUUCCAUAUGGCUAGAUAUUAAUUAUAUUUUUUUUCCAGCAACAAGUUGCUAAAUUAAGUGCUUUUAGCACACACCUUUAUUUUGUUUUUUAUUUUGUUUUGGCAGUAUCUUCAACUUCAAACUUGAAACUACUUUCAGUUUUGGAAUUUGCUAUAGGUCUAGCUAGUUUAGGACACACAAAUUUUCUUCUUUUCAAAAAUGAUGUCUAAACAACCCUUUUCUCCUCAUUCCAACACCACCAUGAUGAAACCCUCCUCAUCCAAUAAUCAUCUUCAACAAACAAAUCCAAACCCUAAUCCAAAUCCACCUAAGAAAAAAAGAAACCUACCAGGAACACCAGAUCCAGAUUCAGAAGUGAUAGCUAUGUCACCAAAGUCUUUGAUGGCGACGAAUCGAUUCGUAUGUGAAAUAUGCAACAAAGGUUUCCAAAGAGAUCAGAAUUUGCAGCUUCAUCGACGAGGACACAACCUUCCAUGGAAGCUGAAGCAAAGAACCAACAAAGAACAAAUUAAGAAGAAGGUGUAUGUGUGUCCUGAGAAAAGCUGUGUGCACAAUGACCCUUGUAGAGCUUUGGGAGAUUUGACAGGAAUAAAGAAACAUUAUAGCAGAAAACAUGGUGAGAAGAAAUGGAAGUGUGAAAAGUGUUCCAAGAAAUACGCGGUUCAAUCUGAUUGGAAAGCUCAUAGCAAGAUUUGUGGGACUAGAGAGUACAAAUGUGAUUGCGGCACCAUUUUCUCCAGGAAGGACAGUUUCAUAACACAUAGAGCUUUUUGUGACGCAUUAACUGAUGAAAGUGCAAAGAUAACAACAGUUCCAGCAGCUUUAAGUAACUUCAGGAAUGAUCAUUUGACAAAUCCUCAUCAUCAAGCUCCAAGAUUCCCUCAAAUUUUUCCUGGAUUUCAGUUUCACUCAGAAUUUGUUGGUUCAGGAACAUCAUCAGAACCAUUGGGAAAUUACACUAACAUUUCAGACUAUAGUCAAAAGCUGAGGCUCCAACCACUAUGGUCAAAUUCUUCUUGCAAUACUAUGAAUGAUCUAGUGCAAACAAUGGAUGUGUUUGGAUCACAAACACAGUUUAUGAGUUACACAAAUUCCAAUAAUAAUAAUAAUAAUAAUAAUAAUAUAUGUUUACCAAUGCUACAUCAUGGAGUAAUAUUGAAGCAAGAAGAAGAAGAAGAAGAAAACAAAGAUUUGUCUCAUAGUGUAAUAAGCUCUAUGUACUUGAGUAGUCAGAAUCCAGUGGAUAAUAACUUAGUCUUCAACAACAACAAUGUGAAUCACUUUGGCAAUAUUGUUGAGGGUCAAAAAUUUUACAAGCAAAGUAAUCAUCAUGAAGAAUUGAAUGAGUUGGUGAAUUUGGAAGGUGGUGAGUAUUUAUUAAAUGAUUCAAACAAUUCAUUUGGAAUUGUGAAUUGUACAAAGAGUUUGGAAUUUGUGGUAACUGAGCCGGUGGAGAAAGAAACAAGUACUACAAAACGACAGAUGCAUGAUUCAAGUUCAAGAACUAAAAACCAAAUGGGAUUAACAAGAGAUUUUCUUGGAGUUGGAGAGGAUUCAAUGAGUGGACCUUUUUUGCAUCAAGAACUUAGUGAGUUUAAUGGAAUGGGAUCAUCAAUUAGUAAUUUGCAGAAUCAGUAUGGUGGUGGACAUGGACACUACUGCUAGUGUUUGUAAUUUCAAUGAAACUUAGCUCAAAUUAAAGAGCUAAGAAAGUAGCUAGUGAAUAGUGAAAUUGUAUAUUUGUAGUGAUGAUACAAAGCUAGCUAUGUACUUUUAUUAGAUGCAAGCAUGUGAAACUUCCCAAUGACAUAUUAGGGUUGAGGUGACUUACUCUAUUGCUACUACACCAUGCAUCCACUAAUUUAAGUUGAAUAUAAUUAGUUUUUUAUUUUUCUCUAUUA